AAUGUCAAAGUUGUACGGAAUGAAAUCGUACGAUGUGAAAUUCUUUUGAUUUCACGAUUUUCUAAAUAAUUCUUAAACAUAAACGUCUCUAUAUAUAACUAAAAACUUUUGCUGAAAAUACCAGUUCAUGUGGAAUAUGUUUUCAGUGGUAGUAAAAGUGUAGUAACAACUGUGUCCGUGAAAUAAUUCUUUUAGAUAUUUGGUAUCUGUUUUUGUGUUUAAACAGUUGUUGCUUCUUUAUCUUUUACGUCAUUAAAAUUUGGCAUUGUUCCCUUGUUUGUGUACGGUUUUGUUGACUCACAAAUAUUGUAGCAGCCCUGUUGGCAACAACGAGCCAGUUUCCUCUUCGACCUUGAACCUACGAAGCAGCUGUUUAAAUGGACUCAUUCUUCAGUCUGUUCGACCCAGCGGAAGGCCAAGGCCAGAAGCAGAACAAGAAGAGGCACAAACAAGAACAGGACACCGUCAGGAAAAAAGCUGACGCGCCCAAAGGGAGAAGAAGAGGCAGGAAGGCGCAAGGCAAGAAUGAGACGUUGCCAGAGGAGUCGUCGUUCUUGUGCGAGCCGGCGCUCAGUUCCGAGCUGCUCGUCAAACACGGCAGCUACAUUGAGAGCUACAUACAAGUUAACACAGAUUCAAAAUCGGACGACAAAAAGCCCAACCGUCGCAACUCUGGCCGCAAGAAUCGCAGAAAAAAGAACAAAAUUUCGCCCGCGAAAGAUACACUCGCCUCUGCUUGGGACGAAGAAGUGAAACCUGACAAUCUGAACAACCAAUACUGCUUGGCGCCAAACAAGAUUGAUGAUACUAUCGGCAAGAAUGUCAACGAUCUGACAGAUGGAUACAAAUUUAAAAGGAAAGACUUCGACAACAAAUAUGGCAGUAACGAAGUGUAUAAUGUUAUUGAGAAAUUGGAGAAAGUCAGAUUGAAGGAUAAUAUGUAUUUGAAUGGUGAUUUUAAAGCGGAGGAUUUGGACAAUGACUUCUAUAGUUCGGACGAGGUGGAGGAAUCCUAUGAUGAUAGUGCGUCGGAGGCGGACUCCGGCGACGAGGUUUACGGGCGGCUGCCGCCGGAGCCCCGCUUCGGGAACGUGGAGUACAAGCUGCAGCUCGUGGGGCCCUGCGAGAGGAGGCUGCAGCAUCUUGUGACGCAGUUGAAAUGGCGCCUGCGGUCCGGCGGCGGGUCGGCCGUGUACGUGGUGGGCGUGCGCGACUGCGGCGCGCUGCGCGGACUGCGCGCGCGCGCGCUGCACGCGUCGCUGCGCUCGCUGCGCCGCAUGGCGCGCGCGCUCAGCGCCACGCUCGCGCACAUCUCCGUGCGCAGGGUCGCCGUGCACAGGGCCGUGGCCGAGGUCUAUAUCAGGAAGCUGGCGGACACGCAGCAGAGCGUGGAAUUAAGAGUGGCGGUGAUGGGAGCCAAUGAAGCUGGCAAAUCUACUAUUGUAGGUGUCUUAACGCAAGGUGAGCUGGACAACGGCCGCGGCAGCGCGCGCCUCAACAUGUUCCGGCACCUGCACGAGGUGCGCAGCGGCCGCACCUCCUCGCUCAGCCACGAGAUACUCGGCUUCGACGCCCAGGGUAACGUAGUGAACUACGGCUGUUCAGAACUGAUGACCGCCGAGCGCAUCGGGGAGCGAAGCGCUAAACUAGUGUCGUUCCUGGACCUGGCGGGACACAGCAAGUACCAGCGCACCACGGUGCACGGGCUCACUGGCUACUGUCCGCAUUACGCUAUGCUUGUGAUCUCGGCAACCGCCGGCAUCUCGCGCAUCACGGAGGAGCACAUCGGGCUGCUGCUGGCGCUGGAGCUGCCGUUCUUCGCCGUCGUCAGCAAGUGUGAGCUCGCUCCGAGCGCUGUGCCUCCGCUCGUGGCCAGGCUGCAGGCCUUGCUGCACAGCAGCCGCAAGAAACCUCUUUUGAUAACGGACGAGAAUAUGGCCAGAGAUUGUGUGGCGCCGCAGAAACUCCUCCUGGACACCAUAGACGACCGCAGGGGAGAGAAAUCUGACGAAGGUGCCCAGAUGGAACAAAUCCCCGUGUUCCCGGUGAGCUGUGUCCACGGAGUGGGUCUCAACGCUCUACAUGCGUAUCUACUCGCUCUACAGCCGCCCAAAGGGGAGCUGCAGCCGAAACCGGAGGAUGACACCUGCGAGUUUCAAAUUGAUGAAAUCUUCCACGUCGGUGAAUCUGAGGGUCCCGUGGUGGGAGGGCUCGUGGCUAAGGGUCAGAUAUAUGAAGGGGACCAGCUUAUUAUAGGGCCGAUGGACAACGGGGAAUUUGUGCCGAUAACAGUUCGCAGCGUGUACAGGAACCGCGCGCCGUGCGCGGGCGCCGCGGCGGGCCACUGCGCCUCGCUCGGCCUGCGCCGCGCGCCGCCGCGGCUGCGCCCGGGACAGGUGCUGCUGUCGCGGCCCGCGCGCGCCGCGCGGCGCCCGCAGUACGGCGGCUGCGCCGGCCGCUGCGUCGCCUCGCUGUCGAUGCAAGAACUGAUGAAGCAAUCUCAAUCGGACAACGAGAACAGGAAAUCGGUUAGGAGGAAAAACAAGAAUCUGCUGCAGGACACGGAGCCCCAGGAGCUGGACUGCAGCUGCGAGGGCAGAGUGUUCCUGGAGGACCCCGACGAGCCCCGAGGUUGUCUAUUCUUCCAGGCGCAGGUGCAGGUGCUGCGGCACUCCACGCACAUCGCGCCCGGGUUCCAGUGCACCGCGCACGUGGGCAACGUCCGGCAGACUGCUAUCGUCGAGGGUAUAAUGUCCAGAGAUAACGUAAUCCGCGCGGGAGAGGCGGCGCCCGCACUGUUCCGCUUCGUGAAGCGUCCCGAAUACCUGGUCCGGGGCCGGAGGCUCCUGUUCACAGCUGGACUGGGCACUAGAGGCAUAGGUCGCGUCACCCAGGUGUUUCCCUACAUACCUUGAAGAUCAACCGCUAGUCUCUGUGUCCACUCUCACAUGCCCACAGCUGGGCGUAUUCUGUCUUCUCAUUGUGAAAAAAAAAUCUUGUCGAUUUGUUUUUUUUUUGCGUACGUAACUCCCUCUUCGUCGUCGUGUGCGUUUUUUACCCCCGACGCAUAAAGAGGGGUGUUAUAAGUUUAACGUGUCUGUCUGUGGCAUCGUAGCUCCCAAACGGAUGAACCGAUUUUCGUUUAGUUUUUUUUUUCUGUGUCAGAGAUAAUUUUAUCCCGAGUGUUCUUAGCUAUGUUUCAUGAAAAUCAGUUGAAAGUCUUUUUUUGAGGGUUUUUUAAUUUGUCUAUAUAUUAAGAUUGGAGUCAGAUUUGUCGCCUAAAAGUAAAUGACGAGAUUUUUGUUAAUUAUAAUAUUAUUUUAAUGUUGUCGACAUAAUGUUAGAUAUUUCUAUGAUUCAUAGAUAACGAGAGAGCGAUUUUUUUUUUCUCUUUGUAAUUUUAUAACCAUCGCGCGCACGGACGCUUUUUUAAACGCGUGUGGAAAAUACGUUGGGAAUUAAAUAUGAGCUGUUUUUCUAUAUUUUCACAUUUAUUUUUCUAUGAAUAUUUUCACAUUUUAAGCGCUGCGCAUUCGACGGUAGUCUGUCUAAAAUUUGUAGAAAACGGACUAUUAAAUUUCAGUUUUUGCCAUUUAAAUUCUAAAUAAAGCCGACAGGAGACAGCGCCUUCAUUUAUUAUCUACUUUUUAUUAAGACAGUUUGAAUCGAAAGCGGUGAAAAUGCAACGUCGGACGUUUAUUUAACGCCCGUGCAAACGAAGGGUUAUAUCGCCCGUAAUAGUCGUGGAACUGUUGUCCAUUAAUCUAUAAUAAAGUACAUAUUAUAAUUUCUGUUUUUAAAAAUAAUAUGAGAAUCUAGUCUUCGACUUUUAAGUCUCGUCUCUUCUGAAAUAUGAAAAUUAAAUUUGUGUUUAUUUUAUAUUAUUAUCUCGUGUGUUAUUGUUGAUACUGGUGUCGGAUUUGGUCCAGGUCGCCUAAAGGCAUCUGACAUGACUUUUGCAGUAAAACUAAUUUUCUGCUCGAUUUUACACUACAUCACUAAAUCUUUGUUAAACUGCUUUAGAUUUUAAUUUUUCCAUGACAAAGUUCAUUUUUUGAACUGGCUGUAAACCUAAAUCCAUACUAAUAUUAUUAAACAUGUGAAAGUAGCAGGGAUGUUUGUCCCACUUUCAUGUCUAAACGGAGCAUUAUUGGAUUGAGGUGGUCUUUGGUAUGGAAAGUGAUACGGGCUACUUUUUACGCGGACGGAGUCGCGAGAAACAGCUAGUCUUCUAUAUGAUCAAUAUCAGAUGAUCAUCAUUGCGUUUUGGAAUAAUUUUAACAAUUACCAAAACUGAUGUCUUUGGAUCCAAAAUGCGGCUUACUUUUUAAUUAAAAUGGAGUCGAAAAUUUAUGGAUUUUUUUUUCAAAAUUCCUAUUGCCAAAGUGAGAUUGUGCUCAGCACACAGCGUGCUACGAAAUGUUAUAGAACAUUUGUUGUCACUUAAUACUGCAACAGUUAAAAGUGCUUAACUGUUCAUCAUCUUCAUAGUCGUAUUCCUCAUGGCUGGCUGUCGGGGUCAUUGAACGUGGAAUGAAACACACACGUAACAACUUUCUUGGCAUUAUUAAUGGAGUGGUUUGCCUAAUAAAACAAAAGUUUUUUUUUUUUACGUUUUCCAACGUUUUAUAUUGCCAGUGGAGAAAAUCAAGUGUCGCCGAUCAUUGUUCCACACGGCGUUGAACGUGACACAUUCAGACAAAAGUGUCAAAGACUGAAGUGUACUGUGAGCACCUUUACAGAUCAUACGCGAAUACUAGUGACGGCCUCAUUUUAAUUUUACCCUGUUUUUUGUGAUGUUUUAUUCUAUUGUUAAGUAAGUACAAAGUUUCUGGUAGUUUCACAACGAAAUUUUGGUAUGUACUUAAAACUACGUAAUGUUGUCUACCUCGUAAGAGAGACGAAAUGUGACGUUUUAGUAAAGGUUAUGUCUUUGUAACGAACGGUUUUUUCUGUUCUAAUAGGGGAAAGGGACAAGGGUAUAAAUAAAUUGUUAAAAAUAUGCAAUAUUAUGUAUAUAUAAAAGUCAAGACUAAUAAAUAUAAUUAAAAUUUCUAAACCACGUACAUUUAACAGCACAUCAGCCUAAUUCAUUGCAAACUCGCCGCUGUUACCACGUCAUAGAGGCUCGUGCAGAGUAACUUGACGUCGACUGUACGACCUGCGACUUUAGUAUCAACGAAUCUCGCUGUUCAGAAGUGCUUUCUCCCUCAACUUAGGCCACCAUUAUCGGUGUCUUACUCCACCAGUCAUCACUCCGUCGUGGCACAAAAGAAAAAUCAAAACUCUGGGUGAAUUUCACGACUGUUUUGAACGCGGCGUGUAGCGUUUCAUUAGUGUCGCAUAUAUUUUUUUGAUAAAUAAUAUAUAUAUUUUUAAAUUAAACAUGUACAAAAUUAACAUUGUACCAGUACUUUACAUAUUUAUAAAAUAGGACAAUUAAAUUGAUUACUUUGUAUAGUACAAUUUAAUAUACAGUAAUGAUAGUCCGCGACGGCGUUCAAAACGCUCGUGAAAUUCAUCCUUAUUCGAUUUAGGAUGAUAUACACAAGGAGAUUACGAAUAGCAAAUUUCAAAGAUCACAUUUCCACAAUGCCCGCGUGCCAAUACCUAAAGUUCCUGAAAUUGGGCACGAAAUCUGUACCCAUCCCUUUAUGGCAAACUGUUAUUGUCAUAUGCAAGAAAAAUAUGUCUACAAAUUUUAGAGCCAAGUUGAGGAACGGCUUUGUUUAAUAAAUAAAUAAAUAAAUAUAUUAGGAUAAAUCACACAGAUUGAGCUAGCCCCAAAGUAAGUUCGAGACUUGUGUUAUGGGAUGCUGACUCAACGAUACUUAUAACAAAUACAUAUAUAGAUAAACAUCCAAGACCCGGGCCAAUCAGAAAAAGAUCAUUUUCCAUCAUGACCCGACCGGGGAUCGAACCCGGGACCUCUCGGUUCAGUGGCAAGCACCUUACCACUGCGCCACCAAGGUCGUCAAAAUUAUUGUAGUUUAUUCGUAAGCAUUGUAGUUUAGUAUUAUAAAUUCUAUUAACGUCAAAAAAAUCUUAAGCCGUAGAUUUAGAAGAGCCCCGCGCGCGUAUUCUCUGAGCCCGAUUCUCUCGCAGUUGGAAGUUCAUAUCAUCAAUUUUUUUUUUUCGAAGGUUUCAAGCAAAUUUAAAAUGGGAAAAGAUCGAUCGAUGCAUUAAUUUGAACUCUUUCAAUUGUGAUUCUUCGUAAGUCAAGAAACCACUAGACGCGAUUGGUCCAAAGUUCCAAAAAAUGUACAAAUCGCGAUUGGUCCAAUCGAACCAAUCGCGAUUUGUACGGAAGAGACCGUGUUAAACCUUCUUUAUUUGGAAUAUGAUUCCUAAGCUUAAUCCGACGAAAUAACAGCUCGGCCACGUUGUUGAUGUCACUUCUUCGUAUCGUGACUCGAAAGUACGAGACAUUUUUCUAAAUAUAAAAGUUUACAUAUAUGUAAUAUGAAUUGGUUAGUACAUUGUGCUGUGCAGUCUGUCAAGAAAGUGUGGGAAACGGAUUCGAAAUCAACAACAAAUCAAAUCAUUUAUUCAGAAAUUACAGGGCCUUCACAGGCACUUUUUCGCGUCAUAUUCUAAAUUAAAUUAUAUUUACCAAAGCUACAAACUACUAGCAUUUCGGAACGACCACUGCACUGAAAACCUAAAUUUUUUGCCGUUGCAACACCAAAUAUAAUUGUCAGGAUUGGUUGAUAGACACCCAGGGUUGCCAGCCGACAGGAGACAGCGCUCUAGUUCAAUUUCUUCACUCUCUUGUAGGUUUAAAAUUACCUUCUACUCACUCAGCAAAUUCGUUUAGCAAUAUAUGUAGAUAGAAUAAUACUCGCAAUUUUUUCGUGGAUCCAAGAUAUUGUCCCAUUAAUGGGACCACGAGGGAGAAUUUUACCGGUGUCCAACUUUAUUCAAGUCGCCUAAAGAUAUCUGACAUGAUUAUUUUUACAAAAUAAUACUCGCAAUUUUUUCGUGGAUCCAAGAUAUUGUCCCAUUAAAAUGGGACCACGAGGGAGAAUUUUACUGGUGUCCAACUUUAUUCAAGUCGCCUAAAGAUAUCUGACAUGAUUAUUUUUACAACUACCGCCAUCUAGUGACAGAAGUCUACUAAAUAUAUUUAGUAUGCAAUAGAACUUUUAGAUUUAACAAACUACUUACGAGUCAGUUUAGUAUAUAAACUGAUGUUGAUUUAGGGCCUGCUUCACCACUCCCUGAUAAAAUAUAUUGUAAUCUGACAAAUAAACUAACAGCUAGAUAAAUCUGAAGUUAUUUGCUAUUUUCCCCAAACACUUGGUAUAAUUUAAACGCUCUUUAUCAGCAAUUGGUGAACCACGCCCUUAUUAAAUUCUGUUUACUUUCGAAAUGGAGUACAAAAGAUGUUUUUCGUAUUGUAAGCUUUCGUUUUUGGCUUCGAUGUUGGUAUUAUGAUUAAAUUGACGAAAUUUCAAAUGUGUUUUAUUAUAUUUCCACCUAAGAUUUAAUUAACGAAUUUAUAAAUUACUAGUUGCGCUCUGGAGCUUCGCUCUCGUGGGAAUCGGGUUUAUCCUGAGUAUGACAAUCUGUGGUUUGUUUGAGCAAUGGAUUGAGGGAGAUUUUUGGUAUGGAGGGCCGAAGAGUAACAUGAAUCUUUAUAAUGCGGGCGAUGCCGAGAGCAACUGCUAGUUAAAAAAUAAAAGAACUUUUUUUUCCCCCAACAUUUUAUUACACAGACUAAUUAAAUGACUAGACGCACACAAACACAUUUUAAUUGAAAAAAAAAACCAUAUGCAAAUGUUUUAAAAUAUUCCAAGAAUAUUUUUAUUGUUCCAUACA